ACACUUGUUAGUCUUCUAAGGUGUAUACAUAGGAAAAAUUAAUAAAAAUUUGGAUAGAAAUAUCAAAUUGAAAUUGGAUUUAAAGUGUAGGGAUUGAAUUGUUCAAAUUAAAACUAUAGAGAUGAAAGUGAAUUUUGAGUCAAACUAUAAGGGUGAAAAGUGUAACUGACCCAUAUUUAUUUUUCUGUUCUAGAUUUUGGGGGGCUUUGUUUCAUUGUGGUCAUAAUGAAUGACUAGUGGUGGGUGCACAUGCUAUGUCUGCACGGUACACGUGUGCAACUUUAUAUCUAGUUUCUUGGAUGGUUGGUUGAAUGAGAAAUAUGGAUUGGUUUGAAAAUUGAUUAGCAGUUAUUUACUGAAUGUGGUAUGCUUCUUCAUUCAGUUAGCGAUUCUAUGGAUAUUUUUUGGAAAAUCAAAAUUGUGUGACAAAGCUUCCAAAAGUGAGUUGUGUGUUUUAUAUGACAUAAUAGAUAGAAUAGAGUAGAUAGAUAGAUAGAACAGAUAAUAACAGAUGUGAGAGGUAUCAAUGCUUAUUCUGAAAUACUUUUACACUUUCUCACUGACCAAACAGAGUGUUAAAUUGAUUUGUUUUGUGCUUUUUUGUUGCUGUUUGUUUGUUUUUUGUCUUUGUUAUAUUGUUAUACGUGUUCUGAAUUGAUAGGGGAAAAUGGAACAAAUUAAUGACUACAUAAGAAAACUUAAGCUCUGUUUAAAGUGGUUUCAAGAAGUUGAAGAAGGCCAUAUCAAGGAAAAGGAAAAGCUAUGUAAUAGGUAAAUGCACAGAAACAGAGAUGGCUAUGAAAAAAAAAAUGGAGGUGGAAUUAAAUUUACUUAUUACUGAGUUGACGGCGAAAACUACUUUGUUGCAAGAAAAUCUGGCAAAGGAAGAAUUAGAGAAGUUGGAUGCAAUUGAGUGUCAAAGAAGAGAAAAAGAAGCUAAGGUUGUUGCUGAAAAAUUGCAAGCUUCUCUAAAGGAAGAACUUGAGAAGGCUGAGCAGAGAAAAUCAGUGUCAACUAGAGGGUGACAUCACUAAAUGAUGUGGGCUUUACUGUGCUCUGAUAUCUUCUCUAUGGGUUUGUAGUUAGAUCAGCAAAGUUCAUUGUGCGCAAACAAUGGGUUGUUGCUGGUGCUGAUGACAUGUAUAUUCGUGUUUACAACUACAAUACAAUGGAUAAGGUCAAAGUAUUUGAGGCACACACGGAUUAUAUUAGGUGUAUGGCUGUUCAUCCUAUGCUUCCAUAUGUGAUGUCAUCGUCUGAUGACAUGCUUAUAAAGCUUUGGGAUUAGGAGAAGGGCUGGGUGUGUACUCAAAUUUUUUAGGGUCAUUCUCAUUAUGUUAUGCAAGUGACAUUUAAUCCGAAAGACACCAACACAUUUGCAAGUGCAUCUCUUGAUUGCACUAUAAAGAUUUGGAAUCUUGGCUCUGCUGACCCAAAUUUUACAUUGGAUGCCCAUUUGAAAGGGGUAAAUUGUGUUGAUUACUUCACAGGUGGUGAUAAGCCUUAUCUUAUAAUUGGUUCUGAUGAUCAUAAUGCAAAGGUGUGGGACUAUCAAACCAAAAGUUGUGUCCAGACACUAGACGGGCACACCCACAACGUUUCAACUGUUCAGUUUCACCCUGAACUUCCCAUUAUAAUUACUGGUUCAGAUUCCUUACUAGUAGAUUCGGUUGUAAUUGGUUAUGACGAAGGAACCAUUAUGGUAAAAAUUGGUCGAGAGGAACCUGUAGCUAGUAUGGACAAUAGUGGAAAAAUCAUAUGGGCUAAGCACAAUGAAAUUCAGACUGUUAAUAUUAGGAGUGUUGGUGUAGAUUAUGAGGUUACUGGUAGAGAAAGAUUACCUUUGGUAGUGAAAGAGUUGGGGACCUGUGAUCUUUACCCACAAAUAUUUCCGGAGUAGCAGUUUGCUUCUUGUGGAAUGCAGGUGUGUAAAGAUUAAAAUAUUAACCCACAGAAGAAUCAUGAUGAAAACUUUUGUUUUUAAUUUACGUUAUUUAGAUUUGUGAACAACAUUAUGUAUGUAUUAUGCAACAUUAUAUAUUGGGAUAAUUUUGCUAAUGUAUUGUUAUGAAUGGAAGAAUAUUUUAAUUAUGGAUGAAUUUUUAUUUA